CCAAAAUGCUGUUCAGCGAGGCACAUGACCAGCGAUUUUUUGAGGGAUUUUUGUCUGUUGGAAUCUACCAAUAAAAGAACAAGAAGUACUUAAAUGUAAAGAGCAUGUGCUUUGUCUGUGCCCGAACCAAACAAUUUUUCGUGUAGCGUUGAAGUUGAAAACAGACAUUGAUUACUUAAACUAUGAAUCGCUUAGUGCACCAUCCGGAUGAAGACGCCCCUUCGGCUGCCGCGGAAAAACCACCGCCAGGCCCAACUACGCGUUUCACGUGGCAGCCCGCGUUCGCCUUUACGAAACGAAAUUCCAAGGUACUACAAGUACACCGAAGGCAACAGUCAGCCGACAGAAAUAGAGAACAACUUGCCGUUGGUGCGGGCGGUGGAGAUGAAAGACGCAGCGGCACUCCGCCAUAUGACUUGCAAAACAAGUAUCGUACUCGUAUAAAUGCAUUACAAAUUUCCUCAGCGUGAGAAAUAAGAUUUGUAAUGCAGAUUUGCCUUGGGAACAAGAUUUGUAAUGCAAGACUUGCAUUUGUACGAGAGCAGCGAUACUUUUGCACAGGAUAGGGAUACACCACGAAGAACUACAACAGAACCGCGGUCCAUCGUCACCUACUGCCCCCGGAUCGAACUGAAAGACGACCCGGAAGGAGUUAUCAAAAUGGAAAUUCUCCCCUCCCCAUACUCAAACUGGAAAUUUGUGAUGCAGAUUUGUGGUCACAAAUCAGCUCUGUCAUGCUAGAAGGGAAAAGAUGCGGACUGUGCCUGUAGUGCUGGGUGGCGCGUGGGAAAGCCUUGCGGCUUCAGCAUCACAGGAGGCAUCUGGAAGUGGGAAGCAGCAUGACAAAUUGCCUGCAAACGAGGCCACAACUGCGGCGCUUGCCCCUCUAGCAAUAGAAGCCGACUUGUGUACUCAAAUACAGCAGCACAAGUUUCGGCUUCGAUAUGGGGAGGGGGGAUUUUUCCCUUUGAUAGGAGUGAAAAAAUUGGAAAAAAUCAAAAAAGUGCGGGCCCUGCACGAGGACAAUACUAGGACCACCGCUCCUGCUGCUUGUGCGCCUGGUGUUGCCGUUGAUGACACCGUAACUACUCCUAGCGGCGGGGCGAGCGGCGAAGGACACGGUGCAAAUGCAUCUUCCGAAGCGGCCGCUUCAAAGCUGCUGCGCCAGGGCGGCGACAAUGCUGAUAACGAGGACCCUCAGCGACUACAACAUGUGGAAAUUUUUGUGACUCGAACGACCGAGGAAUACCGCAAGAAGUCGCUGGAAGUUCAACACGAAGUUUUACUUCAUGCGGACGGUGUUGCUGCGCAGAAAAAUGAUCUGGCUCUUCCUCUCCAACCUGGAAAAAAUAUUAAGCCACCGCAAAAUUACAACCUGUUCUGGGAGAUCGGGUGUUCAGAGGGGAUUCUGACGAAAAAAUUGUUGCGAAAGAUAAACAUGGCGGAGUUAAACUUCGAGAAGAAGAGGAGGGCGACGUUGAAGAUUUCGCGUAAAAUAAAUGCUGAUGCUGCAGCCUCUGUUGAACAAGACCACGAGGUACUAUCAAGAAGUACACCAUCCUCAACCCUGUUCGCGGUCGACGUCGGCGAGAAAUGCGUGCAGGAUUUGAGGAACUACUUUGGCAGUUCUACUUCUUCGAGUCAAGACUCCCCCAUGACUUUGACUGAAGUAGAGCGAGAGCAGCAGCAACAAAUUAUACCAGAUGGUGAACAACUGCAUCAAGCAGAAGAAGAAGAACAAGCAGAAGAAAUACAUGCUGCGUCAAGUUCAACUGGUGCAACAUCAUCUCACCCGCAGAAGUCGAGGACAACAAAUAGUAACCGGAUUCUCCUCCAGAAGUUCGAUGUCUUGGAAGACAGUUUUCAGGAUUCGCUACUAAGCUGCAUGAAGAACAAGAACAUAGGAGAAAUUAUAAAUGGAAACGAACAGGAGCUACAGCACGACAAAGCUCUCUUCUACAACCACGUUGCGGUUUUCCUCGACAUCUGUGGGAACCGGGAUGCGUUGACGGUUCUAGAGGCUAUUGAGAAAGUGGUUGGGUUUUUGAAACAGCUGUCGCCGAGGAAGAAGAAGAAGAUUCAAAUCGUCGUGAAGUCCGAAUUUCUAUCCUGUGCAGAAGCAUCGUACUCGUAGUAAUUGCAAUCAUGCACGCUCGUAGUAAUUGCAAUCAUGCAUUGCAAAUUUUUUUCUCAAGGUAAAUCCGCAUGACAAAUUUUAUUUCUCAUGCUGAGUGAAUUUGUCAUGCAUUUAUACGAGUGCGAUACUUUUCCAAUGCAUAAUUUCUCUCGCGGAUCGUGGAGGAGCAGUGGGAGCCGCAUUUCAGAGGACCAGUAUCAACUGUAAAAAUGUCUGGGUCUGGAAGAUUCUGACACUUGUCAUGCACGUUUUGCAUGAGCCAUGAUGUCUGUGAUGCACAUCCUAGCAAUACAGAUUUUUAGAGAGCUUGUUGAUGCGUAUUCCGCAUGACAAAUGCCUUCUCAGCGUAGCAAGAAUUGCAUUUCCACCUGUGGCACUCAUGCAAUACAGACCUUUUUGGAAUCCAGAUGCAGCAUCGCAAGUUGCAUUCUUCCAGACCCAGACAUUUUUACAUUUGAUAACCAGACAUCGGGAAUUCUAACGGCGUUCAAGUUGGACUUGGAGCUGCACUAGCAGAUCCAGAUGCUACGACAACAACGCCGUCGAGUCACUACCACAGCGACUGGACGCCGCUGUUUCUCUCUUUGAUCGAAAAACUACGGCCGAAUCGGCAGCACGUGCCGAGAAAGGCUGGGAGCGAGAAGAUGAAAGCAUCAUCUUCUACUUCAAAGCGGCUGCAAGAAGAAAAAGAGCAAGAAGACGUCGUCGCGAUGAACAGGAGUAACAUAUCAAGUAGUGUAGUACAAAAUCGGAAAAUAAACUUUGCGGGAGCGUAGGUCGCCGCGGUCGCACAUCAAGAACUGUAAAAAUAAAUUGUUAGCGACUGUCAACAAGGAAGCUACAGGACCGUUUCUUCAACG